AAGGGGUGGGUAGGGCGCUCAUGGCGGGGACUGGAGGGAGAAAUUGGCUUCCUAACGAGGAGAGGAGGAAUCUCCCCCCACCGGGCGAGAGGUGGAGCUCUGGGCGGCGCUGAGGCUGUCGGGCCUGGCAGGAGAAGAGGAGCUGCGUGAAGACGAGGAGGAAGAAGCUGCUCCGUUUCUCUCGUGGGGCUGGUCUUCAGGCUGAGCUGUCCAGGUCUACAUGGUCGAUACUUUAAAGUAGGGUGUGCAAGAAACCUGCACUUGCCCAUUUACAUAGUCAAGCCAAGAGACAGGUAUGCCUGUGACCUAGCAUGUUUCUAACUGUAUGUCCCAGCAAUAUUGUCUUGCUCAUGAGGUUGAAGGCAAGUCCCAGGCCACAGCAGCUCGCUCAGCAAGGGUUCUAGGAUCCCCAUUCCAAGUCAUAGUCCAGAAGCACACUCCAGGGUCAGGUAGCAAGGUUCUCAGAGCUUCAACAAGGCAGGUGAAAUAACAUAAGAGUUCAGCGGCACCAUAAAGAUAAUGGCGAAGAUGUUAAGAAGACAGUGUGCAUUUUGCCCAGAGGACGAAGAAUGUUCCAUUAUGUAUGUCGCUGAAGGACAGAAUCUUGCCGUUCAUCAAGACUGCUUGUUAUAUUCCUCUGGAUUUGUGGAAUCUGAAGAACAUAACCCUGAAAACCUUGAUAUAAGGUUCGAUGUGUCCUCAGUUGUGAAUGAACUAAAGAGAGGAAGGAGGCUGAUGUGUAAUUUCUGUCGCAAGAAAGGAGCCACCGUUGGGUGUGAGGUGAAACACUGUCGCAGGAGUUACCAUUAUUUCUGUGCUCUGUGUGAUGACGCUGCAAUAGAAACAGAUGAAGUGCAAGGCAUUUAUCGAGUGUUCUGUCCAAAUCAUGACCCAGAUAGGAAGGCCAACCUGUACGAUGAGGACACUAAAAGGGAAAAGUCGCCCAUUACAGUGCAGUCUUCAUCUGCUAGGAAAAAAAUGAGUGAAAAGGAGAAGAUCGCAGAGGACAGCCUGCAAGCCUUAAGGAAAAAACAGGAGCGGCAGAAAGUCAGGGUAGAGUUCUUGAGGAAAUGCAAGCGGGCUGGGCUUCUCGAUGAAAUCUUCGAAGAGAUGCUGGACACCCUACACCUGGCGCAGGAAAAGCUGAUGGACGACAACACUCCAGAUGCAGAAUAUGAAGAGACGGUAAUAUCCCUUUUUGACUGUGGCUUGUUUGAAAACAUUCUUGCAAAUACACAUUCCGCAUCUUAUACAGGAACAGAGGAAAAAAUUCAGGAACUACUGGAAACGCGGAAAAGACUGGAUACCCAGAUAGAGCUUCUAAAAGAUCUGAAAGUUGUGCUACCUGCUCCAGAAGAUGCGUCUAACUGUACUUCUGAAUAACCAGCAUUUUUUUUGCAGUACAGCUCCUGUGUUUUCUCUCGACUUUAGAAUACACAGGCGGCCAUCUACUGGCUGGCUUUUCAUACCUCUUUCGUGCUGUCCUUUCCUGUGGCUUGAGAGAGAUGGGUUUUUUUACAGGAAAAAACAAUCAUUUUGUAUGCCGGCUGCCCUGUCCAAGCAUUGUGACUCCUUCCUUCCUUCUGUCUACACCCAACCUGACAGGCAAUCUGCUCAGUUUACCGCAGGCUGUCUUCUGACCAGUCGUAGAAGAUGGUACUGACCAAUCGCCUUGGCCCUUGAAGGUCUUCACAAACGGAGCUCUGCCCCGCCACCUCUGUAGCUUGCACCGGAGACUCUGGCAAACGACUUGUGCUAACUUUCUGACACUUCACUUCCUUCCUAUUUGUUCCUCAGGACCCAUGAACAGGAUGUAAGAGAGACGAGGAAUCAUGCUUGUAUGACUGUCCAAAGAGAAUCGGUCAAAUCUUGCACUUUUUACGUAUGUUUUUUAAUAGAACGCAAUGUGUAAAAAUUCAAGUGGUUGUAACUGUGACUGAGGGCAGGGCGUUCGUUGGGUAUGGAUCCCAGCAACGACUUGGCCUCAUCCUGUGAAAAUGUGUUUUAAGCAAAUCAGAAGUUUACAAGUGUAGGCAUUGAUGUAUUAAAGAUUAUUAUGCCCAGAAUCCUUUAAAUACUGAUGCAUUGCUUAGGUAUACAAUUGCAAAAUGUUUAAUAAAAGAUCUUUUAUAAUAAAA